AUGGACAAGGACGGGAUCAAGAAUGCUGUUUACAGAGUGAAAGAAAGGAGAAAAGCUUUGCAGAAACAAAGUUUAAACGAAUCGAGGAAGAAGUUUUCGGAGAGGAUAGAUUUAAAUGAGAGACCAGAGGCGCCUUUGGCGUUGGCGCCAAACAUUAACGGGACAAUUUCCAACCGGGAUUUACCUUCUAGUGCUGUUCAAGCUGGGAAGUCUGCUGUUAUCCGGAAGCAAAUGCAGCGUGGGUACCUGGACAAGCACGACGAUUUCAAGGAUAAGAAGCGGGUGGAGGAGUCCAUCGAUACCGAUCCGAGCACGUUGGCUUUUCUCAAGUUCAAGAAACAGAUCAAGCCUGUGGGAACUGGGGAGCUCGUGUUUGACGCCAGUUAUCAGGGGCUUCGAUCGGUGGAGUCGGUCUUUCUAGACAGACCGUAG